UGCGGUAAGACAGGAAGAGGUAGUUGUUUGUGCCUAAGUGAAUUGGCUUGUAAUUACAUCGAAGUGAAAGAGAAUGAAAAUAUUCAUAUGUUUUAUUUGAGAAAGAAGCUCUUUAAAUGAAAUCUGACUGGUUUAUUACUCAAUCACUUUGCUGAAUCGUAUGACGAGUCAUAAAAGGACAGAUUUCAGGAACUUCACUACGAACCCAGCCCCAAAAUGACAACAUCGGUGUUUUUCGGGUGUACGUUCAUUGCGUUCGGCCCGGCGAUUUCGCUGUUCCUCUUUACCAUUGCCAGGGACCCACUGAGAGUCAUCUUUCUUAUCGCUGGGGCCUUCUUCUGGCUGGUGUCUCUGCUGCUGUCCUCGCUGGUGUGGUUCAUUGCUGUCCAGAUCAGUGACAAAAACAAUGCCUCCCAGCAGAAGGGCCUGUUGAUAUUUGGGGUGGUCCUUUCUGUGCUCCUGCAGGAAACCUUUCGGUUUGGAUACUACAAACUGCUGAAGAAAGCAAAUGAAGGCCUCCUGGCUCUUAGUCAAGAGGACACCAUGCCCAUCUCCAUGCGUCAACUGGCAUAUGUGUCUGGCCUCGGGUUUGGAUUCAUGAGUGGAGCUUUCUCAGUCGUCAACAUCCUGGCUGACUCCCUGGGCCCUGGUACUAUUGGUAUCCACGGAGACUCCCAGCACUACUUCAUAUCGUCAGCCUUCAUGACGUUGGCCGUCAUCCUGCUGCACAUGUUCUGGGGUGUGGUGUUCUUCGAGGCCUGCGAGAAGCAGAGAUGGCUGUCUCUGGCUGUGGUGGUCGUCAGUCAUCUGCUCGUGUCCUGCCUGUCCUUCAUGAACCCGCACUACGAGGGCAGCCUGAUACCGGCCUACUUGAUCAUGUUCCUGAUGGGCGCCUGGGCCUUCUCCUGUGCUGGGGGCUCCCUCCGCAACCUCAAGCUCUGCCUCACCUGCAAAGACAAGGACUUCCUCCUGGCCAAUCACCGGCCCAGAUAACACCCGAGGGCUGGCACAGGGACACUUUCCAAAACUCAGAGGCUGAAAAAAAAAAAAAAAGAAAAGAAAGAAAAAAAAAAGAAAAGAAAAAAAAGAA